UCCCCACCUUUCGGAAGGACCGCCAACACCUGGGGCGCUGGCGGCACUUUAGUGUCCUUUGACGCCCCGAACCCUCUUUAACCUCCCUUCCACCAUGGCUCCAGGAUUUAAGACUUUCUGAAAAGCCCGACUCUGAGCCCUCCGUUGCCUAGACGACCGGAUGGUCCGCCCCGCCCCUUCCGGGACAAGCCACGCCUCUCGGUCGUGGCCACGCCCCGGCGGCGCUCCCGCCUUUGUCCGCGCUCCGCUGUGGUUCCCUUGGGCUGGCUUUCGAUCGCUGCAACUGGAGUUGCGUGCCGUCGGGUCCCGGCCCCUCCGCUUGGCUUCUGCUCUGGCUGGCUGGGAGCGGCGCUGGGCAGAAAGGUCCCGCGUAGGGUGGCCUGUGGCCCCAGCCGUGCCUCCCCGGUUUCCCCCGUCUCCGAGUCAGCAGCGUAGGGUUCCGCUGGAGUCCCGGAUUUAUCCUGCUGCAAAUCUGGACGCACGGCCGCACACAGACACUUGCAGUUUAGACGGGCACACUUUCCGAUGAAGGUGUCACCUGCUUCACUGGCCAGUCUGUAUGAAGAAGAUUUUAAGCAGGACAUGGCAGCCCUGAAGGUUCUCCCUCCAACAGUGUACUUGAGAGUAACUGAAAACAUUCCUCAGAUAAUCUCGUUCAUUGAAGGAAUUAUUGCUCGUGGGUGUGCCUAUCCAACAGUAAAAGGCAACGUCUACUUUGAUCUGCAGUCAAGAGGAGACAAGUAUGGCAGACUGGUCGGCGUGGCACCUGGGCCUGCUGGAGAGCCAGGGGACUCAGACAAGCGGCACGCUAGUGACUUUGCCCUGUGGAAGGCAGCUAAGCCCCAGGAGGUGUUCUGGGCCUCGCCCUGGGGGAACGGCAGGCCCGGCUGGCACAUCGAAUGCUCCGCCAUGGCCAGCAUGGUGUUUGGAGGUCAGCUGGAUAUCCACUCAGGUGGGGUGGACUUAGCGUUUCCCCAUCACGAGAACGAGAUUGCACAGUGUGAGGUCUUCCAUCAGUGUGAGCAGUGGGGAAAUUAUUUUCUACAUUCCGGGCAUUUGCACGUAAAAGGCAAAGAAGAAAAAAUGUCCAAAUCAUUGAAAAACUACAUCACUAUUAAGGAAGGACCAAGCCCCAAGCAGCUGAGUCUGCAGCCUCCUUCCUCCUCUGCAGCCCAGUGGCCACAGGACAGCGCUCCUGGGCAGGAGCAGGACUUUCUGCAGACAUUCUCCCCCGAAGUCUUCCGGCUCUUCUGCAUGUGCAGCAGCUACAGGUCAGCCAUCGACUACUGUGACAGCACCAUGCUGGAAGCCAGGCAGCUCCUGCUGGGGCUGGCCUCUUUUGUGGAGGACGCACGUGCCUACGUUAAGGGGCAGCUGAUCUGUGACCCCGUAAAGGAAGACCUGCUGUGGGAAAGGCUCACCAGCACCAAGGAGGCCGUGAAGGCUGCAUUGGCAGAUGACUUUGACACACCCAGGGCAGUUGGCACCAUCCUGGACCUUGUGCACCAUGGGAACAGACAGCUCAGAGCAGUCACUAAGGAGCCUGGGGGUCCCAGGAGCCCUGCUGUGUUUGGUGCCAUUGUCUCCUACAUUGAGCAAUUUUUUGAGACUGUUGGAAUUUCUCUAGUAAAACAACAGUGCAUUUCAGGAGACAGCAGUGUGGCUACUCUGCACAGCGUGGUGGAUGAGCUGGUGCGCUUCCGGCUGAAGGUCCGGCAGUAUGCACUGACCACACCUGAGGCUGCUGGGGAUGCCCGGCGACAGCUACUCCUGGAGAGGCGGCCCUUGCUGGAGGCAUGUGAUGCACUGCGCCAGGACCUUGCCACGCAUGGCAUCAGCAUCAAGAAGCAGCACUACCUCCACAUGGGAACUGUUGGAUCCCAGGACAAAACACCAGAAGCCAGGAAGCUGAGGAAGGAGCACUCAUCGGCCUUCACAAGCAUGCAGCUUCUGGUAUCUGGGAACGUCGGUCCUCCACAAGGAGCAGCCACCAGGGGGAGAGAAGAUCUUCAGCGCCUGGCUGGGGGACGGUGAGUGCCACUCUCAGCAGCCCAAAAGCCCACCUUCUGAGAAGCCUCAGAAAACGGCGGGAAGACUCUACUCAGUGUCAUAACAUUCCCAACUACAUGUUCAGUCCAGACAGAAAACGCUAUGACCCAAAUUCCCAAGUUCUCUAUUCAACCAAUUUACACUAAGGCAAAACCCUCCCAGGCAACCGGCUGUUUGGGCACUGAGGGCUUGGCACGCAGAUGUGAGGUCUCCAGUUCAGGUGCACUCCCCAGUCCGUGGUGCCAUUUUUCUUCCGGCUGUGCUGCUCAGGUCUCGAAGAGCGUGCUGAAAGCGGCUCCGACCUCUGCAAUCAUGUCGGUGGUGGUGGUAGAGCGGCCACGCUUCUGGAAGGCCUGGUGGUUGCACUGCCUUGUGAGGGAGCAGGCGCCCAGGGCAGCCAGCAGCAGUGGGCUAGAGCUGGGAGGAGGGAAGGGGCGCGUCAGAGGCCUCCACAUGGCCAGCCUGCAGCACAAGGGGCAUGGUGGGCUACAUUUUAUCCUUAAGAGUCCAACUUGCAAUCUCAAGUCAGCCAGGCCUGAGGAGGGCUCUGCUAGCCAACAGAAGCUCAACUGCUUGCAUACUAAAUUCCCUGGUGGAAGGCACCUCUGAAACAUGGUGGAGGCAGGUAAGAAGGGAGAGGGACUCUUCUCCCCUCAGAAGCUUGCUAGCUGUGCCUGUGGGCCUGGUUUUCCACAGUGCAUACCCUGGGACAAGGAAAAAGCUAGAGCAGCCCUCUGUACCUUUGCCCUGCAUAGCUGAGCAAAGCCCAAAUCCACACAGAUAACGCCCAUUUUGGGUGUGUAGUCCCGGGUUUUCAUGCACAGCUGUGGCAACAUUACCAUCCCAGCAGUGUCCUGCCAAGAUGACAAAUGGGACCUCCAGAGGCUGGCUGUCCUCCCCGCAGCAUGUGCAGCCACCAUGGUCACCCUUCAGACUGUCUGCUUUUUACCCUAAUAUUUUGGUUUACAGAGUCCACAAUUGAAUUCCCAGAACAGUGUCCCUAACUGUGAUCGCUCAGCAGAAUUACUGGGGCUGUGAAACUCAGUGCUGUCCGAGGCCCUUCUGCCCGGCCUGAUGGGACUGAGGCCUAGGCCUGGGUGUACAUGCAACAGUUUCCAUGGACAGGGCUGACCUUUGCCCUGGUCAUUCAUCUGGAACCUUUCAAGGGAUUAAAUGUACAUGCUAUUCAAACAGCUAACAAAAUUAAUCUCAAAGUAGGACAAACGCAGACAUGGCGUACCCAUUUGUCUUCUCUGGCCCAGCGAGGAGCGCCCAGUGCACCAUGACACCUAGGGAACCCGACAGGAGGUCUCCUUGUCCGCCACACCUGCGGCUGCUGCCUUCGUGGUUGCACGUGAGCACUACAGAGAACACGAACGAGAGAUGCUGAGUGUGGACACUGGCACUGCAGUCAGCGGCCACUUGCUUGCCAUCCCCAGCUCUUCCCUAUUGGUUCUCACAAGGACGCGAGCUGACUUCUAGUUUCCAGAGGAAGAAAAAGGCACUUAGGCUAGGCUGCCCUAAACCACAGGGAGCAGAGACACCUACCUCAGACCACUGAGAAGGCCCCAAGAAGAGCAGCUGAACACGAGGUGAUUCCUUCAUGCCCAGCUUCUGGAGCCCAAGCCCACUCCCCAGGCACAUGCCAUGCCUGCCUCCCCAACUUGAGGUGCACCCCGACCAACACAGCAACACACUCCAAGUCAGCCUGCACAGACGCCUCUGUUAACUGCUGUAAUGUUACAGGUGCCUACACUUCUGGGAAUUUUCUUUCUUUGGAAAAUAUUUUGAAAAUCCAAAGCUCUAGUGUCUAUUAUAAUGAAGAGUUCCUUUGGUUAUAAGAGCCUUGUCUCAAAGGUCUCCAGUCUUCUGAGAACACACCUUUUCUAUAAAUGUAUGUGUGCAUGUGAGUGUGCACAUGUGCACACACCCACCCCAUGUAUCUCAGUGCUCCUUUACCCUGAUUUCAAGUUCCUAAUCAGCAACAUUCUUGUUAACAGUUCCUUGUUAAAAGGACCUAUUGUGAUGAUCCACUGGCCAGUGAAGAGGGGUGACUUCUACUCUCAGAGCGAAAAGUGACACGCAGGCUCUCUUGGGCGCUCACAGCAAGUCUCCACUCUGCUCUUGCUGCAUAGCUCUUAGGCGCAAGAGAAGGCACCUAGGACUCCACUAAUAACAUCAGCUCCAAGACUUUCCUCAUCUCCUCGUCAUUUUAACAAGACAGCAAGAAACUCAACUAUGUGGAUGCCCCACUGAGAGUGAGACAGGAGGCUGGGAUGCUGACCACAGCAGCACCUUCCUGCCAGCUGCUUCAGCAGGCCAGCCCAGGCACAUGUCCACCCCCACAGCCAUGGCCUGACCCCUCUCCUGGCUACCACAUUCUCAUGCAAAACAGCGAGGAGUCAAAACCAGGACUCACCCGCUGGGGCUGACUCUGAACCAGGUUCUCCAAGGCUUACCCUGUGUGCCCAUGCAGAAUUGCCAUGCAGAGGGAAGCCCCCACUCACCCUGCUGGCCAUCAGAGAUCAGGUCAUGCUCUCCUUUGUGGACCACUGUCACAUUCCCCAGGGCCUGGCUGAGUCUCAGUACAGAUCCAUGGGGGUCACUGCUGUCCACAGGACCUCUGAGCUAUGACAUAGGAAGACAACCAGAAAACCAAGUCUUUCAAGUCUUCCCAAUAGGCAAAAGGGGCCACCACAUACAGAUAGCUCUGUCCCAUCCACCACGAGCCUCGGCUGCUUGUGUCCAAAGGAAUAGCCAGGCACCUGUUCAAGGCUGACAGAUACACCUAUAGCAAGUCCUCCCAGCAGAUGCUUAAACUACACUUGCUCUAGAACCUGUCCUUUACCUGGUCAGACCAGAAAGUUUUCAGAAAUAAUAGACAUUUGAAUCAUGACAGUUAAUGUUCUCAGGACACCUGCUGUGUGAAGACAGGUGUUAUAUCAUGUGCUGCUUCAUUUUGUCCUCACCCUUUGAAGCAAAUGCCAUCAUUCCACAUUUCACAGACGAGGCACUGCAGGAUAGAGUGGAGCAACCUGCCAGAGUGUGCAGCAGGGGCGGCUGACCCAAGCCCACCCCACUAUCAUUUCCUCACUUAGAAGCACCCAGCUGCAAGAGGCAUCGUGUUGCACAUUAAAGUGUGAAACACAUGCAUGUGGGAAUCCACAGAAACACAACUACUAGGCAUUUGUGAGUGUGUCCCUGCAGAAAUGGGCCUAUAGGGACAGGCUUGGCAGAAUCACACAGGCCAUCCCUUCCCCUCAGCUCCUGUCCCACAGGAAGCCCCUAACUCACCACAGCUUCAUAGAGCCUGCUGAACUCCACAUGGUUGGGAGUAAGGACAGCCUUCUGGUACCCAUGCACGAGAGCUGGCUGCUGAGCUACCAACCACAGGCCAUCCUGUGUACAAUAAGGAUGUACUUUCACCAGGCAGGCCCUUGAGGCUCUGCACUCACUGUAUGGGAAGAGGGGAGGCCACACUCACCGCAUCAAUAACGACAGGGAUGUUUCUGGCCUUGGAUGAUUCCAAAAUACCCUGCCCCAAAAGAAAACAGACUGAUUAACAAACCAGCCACCUCUCGAGAGGAAUUAAAGAAAACCAAGCAGUGCUUCAAUAAAAGGUAACAUCAGGUCACCAACAAACAGACACAAGAUAAUACAUUUAAUGAACCAAAGAAACAGGAGGAAAGACCCAAAGAUCUGACAAGAGCCCCAUAGUAAGGCAGGGAACAGAGAACUGUGAAAACAGCAGUUGGGUUCCUAGGCUAGUCCAUGAAGACUCACCUGGUGUUUCCAAAUUCCCAACAGGAUUCAGAGAUAAGAAAUAAGAAUCUUGGAAAUGCCCCAAAUCCUUAGUUAUGUAUUUUUUGUAAUGCUUUAUGUGAUUUAUUUACAAAGUCAACAUAAUCUCUACUGAAAUCCCAGCUGCCAAUUCUGCAAAUCAACAAGCUGAUGAUCUUAAGGGGCACAAGGGCAUGCACAGGACCCAGCAGAGAUGAGAGUCCAGGAUAAACCCUCACCCUUAGGCCAACUGAUUUUCAACCAGGAUGCCAGGCCAAGUCCAGAGAAAUCGUGCUGAGGGAAUAAAGCUACUGUUUUGUAUGAGUCCACUCAAACACAAUGUUCAGAAUGGGCCAUCCACUUCAACAGGUUAGCAGCUGCCAGGCACUGGGGAGGGAGUGGGGCCCAGGGGACAAAUGCUAAUGGGCUUGGGGUUUCCUUUUGGGGUAAUGACAAGAUUCUAAAACAGACUGUGGUGAUAGCUGCACAACUCUAUGAAUUACACUAGAAACCAAUGAAGUGUUCAUUUUAAAUGGACACAUGAUUAUAAUACUCCAAUAAAAAACAGGAUCAAAAAAUUCAAAUCCAAAGUAGUAAGAGAGACACAGAAGUAUCUGCAAGAAUUCUCCAGGCACCAGGCAUAGUAGGGGACACAUUCUUCCGAAGGGAUACUAUCCCUUUGAAAGAAAAAUAAUGAGCUAUACCAACCCUCUACUAUCAGUUUUAAAAACAAAAUCAUUCAAUUCUAGUUCUCCCAGUCCCUGUCACCUGCCAGAGCUAGUUUCCCCUCAGUGACAAUUCUGAUAAUUCAUGAGUUUGAGGAACAUUUCAAACCCCAACUCUCAACCUACAGGCUGGAACUGGAAGACUGGUCAUGGAAGUAUCUCUAAGCCCUGCUCUUGAGAAAGUCUGGUAAAGCAAAUGCUCGCCUGCCUUUUUACAACUUUUUUUACCGGGCCCUGCCAGGAAAGCCCACCCAACCUAAUAGCUCCUCAUUCCUGCCUGCCUUGUGAACCUUUGGUCUAUCUCACUUGAAAGGCAAAAGCCAAGCAGAGAACAGCCCCUCAGUGACAGCAUCCCUCCCCAGUGUGUCCUCCCCCUGCAGCCACAGUGUUCAACCCUGGGACAGGGAGAUGAGUCACCUCUUCAAGCCCUCUCAGCAAACGAGGCAUUCAACGGAGUACUGAGGUGAUGGCAAUAACAGGGACACAGACCCAUCCAAUGUGCUGCUGAUUCCAAUGAACACCAAGCAGCCAGUCAUGGUUGUGAGGCUCCUUCCCCAGCCUUGGCAGGGACAGCACCACUGCACACAAAGGCACAGUGGCACCCACAGGGAGGGGUCAAGACCCAAACCCAAUAGUCCUGAACACACGGCUGCUUCUCCCAGGCUGCAGUGUGGGCAGGUGCCAGGCAGCUAGGACAGUCUCUUGGAGGGGAGUUCCAGAAACAUGUCUGCCCAGGAGGUGGGAGUGCUCCCAGAGGAACACUGGGCAACGAAGAUUCAGAAAACAAAGCUGGCAUGCCGGCUCAACCUGUCUUCCUCUUCCCCAAUCCCAGGUAUUUAUGUACGUUUCAAUUUCUUAGAAUAAAAAAAUGCUCAUUUUUUUUU